UUUUAACUAUAUUUUAUCUCAAAAUAAAGUUUUACUAAAUUAUUUCUAUUAUAAUAUUUAAUUAAUUUUAUUUUAUAAUUGAAUAUAUAAUUAAAUAUAUAAUUGAAUUAUAAUUUAUAUAAUAGUUUUAUUAAUUAUAUAUAGUAUAUAAAAUUAACACAUAUUUGAUACAAAGUUAAUAACACUUAGUACUGCGAUCUAUAUUACAUUGUAUGUACUUACAUAUAUUUUGUUCAUGACAAAAUAUUUCAAUCUGUUUUUGACAGUUAAUGCUUUUAAGCUUUUUUUCACAUUUUGAUAUUUAUAAAAUUUUAUAAACCAUAUAAUUAUAAAUGUAUAUAAAUCAUAUAAAAAUAAAAUAAUAUAUAGAAUGGCUGAAGAAAAUGAAUCUUCGACACGACAAAAAUCCGAAAAUAUUGGAGAGGUUAUAAAAGAAACAGAGGCUGAUAUUAGCCGAUAUUUUGAAAAUGCAUCUCGCACAAUUUUUGACGAGAUUGUGUCACCUAAAAAUGAAGACUUUUUCAAUAUACGAAGAAGUUCUGAAAGUAGAAUUCCGGAUUUUGAAUUACUCGCAGAUCAGUCAAACGAAUUUUUAAAAAGCAAUUCAUUACUGGAUAAUGAACGACUCGAUCACAGUGGUACAAAUGAUGUACACAGAGAUGUAUGGAUACCUUCUGAACAAACGAGAAAAAUUCUACGAAGUAUUGCUACAUCAACUGCUGGGACUAAUUCUCUUGACAGAGAGAAUUUGACGAUGCCAGGUCUUGCAGUACAAGGAGAUAUGCCAAAUUUAAUAAAAAGUACUGCUGUGCGAUUUCUAGGUGAAGAUGAAAAUAUACAAAGACAUGUACUUACUGCUUCUGAUGUAACUCAAGAUGAACGUGGUUUAAGGACAUUAAUACAAGCUGGUUGUUAUAAAGCGGCAAUAAAUUUAUCUGGAAGAUUAUUAGCAGUAUACGCUCAAGGAUUUGGCAAAAUAAAUCAACCUAGUAAACAUUCUCCGCAUUCUUUACAAUUAUGGUAUACAAGGCUAGCUCUUUUGACUAAACUUAAGCAAAUUGAUAUUUUAGAAAAUGAAUCAAAACCAUUUGGUAAUUUAGAUAAACCAGACAUGUAUUUUACAUUUUAUCCUGAACUUUAUGGUACUAGACCAGGUUCUAUGGCUUCUUUUUCUUUUAGAUUACUUUUAGCUGAAAUUCCAAUGUAUUGUGGUAAAGCAAAACAAGCAUUGGAUAAUCUUUUUAAACUUCUGUCAAUAGUGAAUCAAAUUAUAACUAAUUUUAAUAGUGGAUUUAAUGGAGAUGGAUCCCAUGUUAAAAUUAAUUGUGCAGAACAAGAAGAUGCUAUACGAUUAUGGAAAGCCAGAAGAUCCAGAAUUCUUAUAUCUAUUACUAACUGUGCAGUUAGCAUGAAAAAUUAUGUAUUAGGUAUAAAUAUUUUAGAAAAACUUUGUGAAUCUGCAGAUUGGACAUCUGAACAAAUGGAUGCAUUAAAAGCUAGCAUAGGUAGAUUACAUCUAUUUUUGGGAGAUGUUUCAGCAGCGGAAAAAUUUCUAAUUAAUUUACACAAAAAAGAUAAUAGUCUAACUGUACGAGAAUUAACAGAUAGAGGAUUAUUAGCAGUAGCUCAUAAUUCUUUCCAAGAAGCAUAUAAGUGUUUUCAAGCAGCAGAAGCAUUGGAUCCAUCAAAUAUCGCAUUAAUUAAUAAUAUGGCUGUUUGUCUUUUAUAUACAGGCCAAUUAAAAGCUGCAGUUCAUUUAUAUGAAAGCAUGAUAACAAGAAAUCCUGUAAAAAGUUUACAAGAACCUAUAUUGUUAAAUAUAUGUACUUCAUAUGAAUUACAUACUAUUCAUUGUAAACAACCGAAGUUACAUUUGCUAAAUCAAUUAAACAGAUAUAAAGGAGAUUCUGUAGAUAUACAAUGCCUGAAACUUCCUUUAAAUUAAAACUAUUUUAUUUAUUUAUAAUAUAUAAUCAGGCUGAAAAUAAAAUUUUUAAUUUUUUAUUUAAUUAUAAAAAUGUAUAAAUUUUAAUAAUAAAAUAAAAAUUGAUUUCAAUUCUAUUCUUAAAAAUUUAAUAUUAGUUAAUUUUUAUUUUUUAUUAUCAUUUCUUAUUUUCUUUCAAUGAAAUCUAUAAAAUUAUAAAAUUUAUCAUAUUGAAUUCUCGUCUAUGAUUUAAUUUUCAAUUAUGGAUGAAAAAUUUAUUAUUCUAUCGAUAUUUGUAAAUAAAACGUGUAAAAAUAUCAUUCUAUAUAUUGUCUAUUAUAUUUCGGAAUAAAUAUAUAUACAAAAUCAUAUAUAUUUUAAACACGAAAUUUAUAUUUAAAUUAUUUAAUUAUAUACGAAAUAAAAUGCAUUUAUAUACAUCAAAUUUGAUUUUAUAAGAAAAAUAUAUUAUAUGAUAGAAUUGAAAUAUUACUUUUUAUUUAUUUAUUUUCUGAACCUAAUGACAAGCAAUUUUUUUUUAGAAUUCAGAUUCAGCACACGUAAGAUUCUAUUCCUAAGUAUGAAAAUUUAUUACACAGAUUAAUAAUUAACAGAUAAAUCCUUACGAAUAAUUAUCGAAUUUUUAUUAUAGUAUGUGAUUUUAACUCGAUUGUUUUUUUUAUUUUAGAUCACGCUACAAUAUAUUCAAAUGAAUGAAAAUUUGACUAUUAUACUAAUUAUUAUAUCUAAAUAUUAUUAUUAUAUUUAAAUAGAUAGUUAAUAUUUUAUAUGUUAAGGUAUAAGGAGGUAUAUGGAAGAAAAAAUGUAACAGCCACUUCAAAGUAAAAUAGCCUUUAUUACAUCGUGAAACGAGGACAAUUUAAUGAACGUUCAACAAUUGCUAGAAUUCUCUCUCUUCCUUUCGUCCUUUCAAGCGCACGCGCACACACACACACACACACACAUUCUUUCACUAUUCUAUCAUUCUCCUUUCAUGCGCAUCAUUUAAUCAUUUACUCUUUAUCUCACAUUUUUUUUCUUUUUUUCGUUUCUUUAUCUUUAUUUGUUUUCACACUGACAUAAUUAACAUGCUCGUAAUGUUUUUCGAGAAUAAUGCAUUACAGGACACAUAUCAUUUGUCAUGUCAAAACAACCUCGUUCGAUUUAUGUAUACGCAUAAUUAAUCCUCAUAUCCUGUCCCUUUCGUCUUCAUUCAUUUUUCUUCAUAGUUUAAGGAUUCUUGAUGAUUCUAACAUUAUUUUGUCUUGUUAUUCUCUGUUUCUUUCUUUCAUGUUGCUUAUCAUUUUUCUCUAUUAGAUAAUAAAUCAAUAGCAUACACCAUUCAGAUCGAUUCCAAAACUGCACUCUCUCUCCCUGCAGAAAAAAGGCACGAACUGGCGGAAAAGUCGGCCUAACUGUAUAAUAUUUUCAUUUUAUUUAUUAUGGAUGGAACUUCGUCACAAUACAUUAUUUUUAAUUUCAUUUCUUUUCUCUGCUGCUUCUUUCCGCAGUGUGUAACAGAUUCGGCCCCGUUUUUAUUUCAGCCGAAUUCAUCGAUUCGUGCUUCGAAAGUUCGCCGCGUAGUGCGCGCAGUGUUCGAUCCUUUUGACGAUUCAUUUCUCUUCAUCCUUCAAUACGCAUAUUUUCAACUUUUUUUCCUUUUUUAAAAAUUUUUUAAAUGCCCAUUAUCAACGAUCCAACUUUUAAAAGAAGAUCGCUUUAUUUAGAAUAAUAUAUUUUUUUUAACAUUAAUUAGCGAUUUAAUUACAAGAAUAUACUCCUUCUCCAAAAAGUGACUAUCGUGUGAAAAUUGAUUUUAAAUUAAAUAAUUAUUUUGUAUUAAAUGUAUGUACUUGUUGUUUUUGUGACAUAUCAUGUAAUGAACUAACUAUUAUUGUGAAAAUAAAUAAUAAUUCGAAAUUAAAA